AUGUACCACGACGAGCUGCCACCAGAAGUCGUAGUCGCGAUAGAACGCGUCCUCGAACUCAAGACUGGCCCAGAUGCAGACCCCUUAGACGUUCUCUCCCAUGACUUUAGCUGCAUUGAGAUUCUUAAUGGCUAUUUUCCAGACGAGGCGUCGUUGGCCCAUAUUUCUAGUGUACAGGCCACUCUAAUUGAAAGCCAACAUGAACUGGAACGGGAAAUUCAAGCGCUGCAAGAGGAACUAAAGCAAAACCAGGAUCCUGCGCGUAUGCAGCUCAUCCAAGAAAUGAUCUCAGACCUCUUUGGCCAAAUGUCUCGUAUACGAGAGAAAGCGACCGAAUCUGAGGCAGUCGUGCGGAAUAUAACGAAGGACAUUCAAGUGCUUGACCUGGCGAAGAAGAAUCUAAUCCAUAGCAUGACUACCCUAAAGCGCCUACAGAUGCUGGCGAACGCGCUGACGCAGCUAGAAGAUCUAGUCAAAGACAAGAAAUAUGCGGAAGUUGCUCAAACGCUGGAUGCUGUGAAACAAAUAUCUGCUUCGUUCAAACAGUACAUGUCUGUUCAACGCAUAUCACAAAUAUGGAAACGCAUUCAGGACCUUCAAGGGGAAAUACGAACAUGCCUCGACCAGGAUUUCGAUGCCUUGCAAAACUCCAGCUACUUGCAAGACCCCUCAAAAUCUGUCAAGCCAAGUGCCAUUGCGGAUGCGUGUUUGGUGGUGGAUGUGCUAGGUCCUGAGGUCCGGACCCAUGUGAUCGAGCGAUAUGUGGCCAUAGAGUUGAAGGAAUAUCGAAGGAUAUUCCGAACAAAUGACGAAGCGGGGCAGCUGGAUAAUAUCUCCAGACGGUUCGCUUGGUUUCGUCGCUUGCUACAGACCCACGAAGUCGAACAAGGUCGUGUUUUUCCUGCAGAAUGGAAAGUGGGUUGGCAUUUGCUUGCCAAAUUUUCCGACAUCACACGGGACGACAUUGCAGCCUUGCUCUCUAAAGCUUCUCUAAAUGUUAAAGCACUCCUUGAUAAUCUACAACUCGCUGCCGAGUUUGAAGCAUCCAUGGCCAAAAAAUGGGCAACUCCGUUUCAGGAGAUUUUGCAUGUGACCGCCGCUGCCGCGCAUUCUGCUACUCCGAAAAGCAUCACUUCUGCAUUCGAUCCACACAUGGGUGUGUUUGUCGACGCCCAAGACAAAGCACUUGCUGAUAUGCUUGCGCCACAUCGUAAGGGACGAGCUGUUGUCAAAUCUCCCAGACCCUCAAUUGAUGGCGAGCAAACGAAUCCUGAAGAUGGAGAAGAAAAGGCACCUAUUGUCGUCCUUCCAUCCUCUAUGGAAUUGUUCUAUUUCUACAGGCAAAGCCUCGAACAGUGCGCCAAACUUUCAACAGGCAAGCCACUUUUCGACCUCUGCAACCUACAUCGCAAAUGGCUUCGAAUAUAUGCCGAGGAAGUUCUCGUUAACAGUCUCAAGCGACCCGCAGUCCUAGUGCGCAAAUCAACAGAGUCUGGAUUAGAAGUGGGGGAGAUCAAGCAAGCCUGUCUAGUCAUCAACACCGCUGAUUACUGCCAAGCGACUGCUCUGGCUUUAGAAGAAAACAUUCGCGGCAAGAUCAAUGAGGAGUUCAAGGAAAAAAUAUCUUUCCAGGCAGAGCGCGACCAGUUUGUGAGCGUCAUCUCAGCUGCGAUUAUAGUACUCCUUCGUGAACUGGAAUUCGCUUGCGAGCCAGCAUUCAGCGCCAUGUCUCGUUCUGCUUGGUCGAGUUUAAAACAAGUGACCGGUCAAUCGGCCUAUGUUUCCGACUUGAUCACCGCUGCCGAGCUCGCCAUAGAACCAGUCAAGCCGUUGGUCGAGCAAAAGAAAUACUGGAAAAACUUCAUGGACAAAGCUGCUAGCCUUAUUCUGAUCAAAUUUACGAAUGCUCUGGUCCGGAGUCGACCGCUGAGAGAGAUUGGAGCUGAACAGGCGAGAUUUCGUCUUUCAAUUGACCUGCAAGCCGUCAAAGUUUUCCUCGAGAAGAUGCCUGCUGAGCCGUUAGAAAGCAUGCAGAGCUACUCUCGCGGCGUCAAAAAGAAUACCAGCCAGCUCGAGGCUCUUCUCAAGGUUAUCUCGACGCCUGUGGAACCCGCGGCCGGCUUCAUCCUAAUCUAUACACUUUCUAUCCAAGACGCGUCGUUUUCGAACUUCCAAAAGAUUCUGGACCUGAAAGGAACACCUCGAGUGGAUCAAAACAACCUCUUAGACUCAUUCCUCACAAUUACGAGUACCAACGACGAAUUGCAGAGCACUUCCUUUCUUUCAUCGUUGGAUAUGGAUCCUGCGCCGACAUCGCAGCUAGUUGGCAAUUUGGCUGGUGCCGGUGGAAGUCGGACCACGUUACCCAUGCCAAGUGAGGCGAGCAUCUUUUCGAACUUGACGUCGCCGGGGCAAAGUGGACCGCCAACGGGAGGGAGUAUUGUCGAUGGGCGGGUGGGAGAUCAGAGACAGGUGUUCUCAGAUUUCAGGCGGUUUGUAGCUAGAGUCACUUCAGGACCACAGUAA